ACCAAUUACAUUCGUUAUUAACUAUUUUACAGUAUAUCAAAAAUUACUAAACCAGAAAUAUUAAAAACCAUCAUGAAUCGUUUAAUCUUUUUCACUGCUGCACUCUCAUUAGUCUUCACCAUCACCAAUACACAAAGUGUGUCAGAUUCCGAUGUUGAUUCCGAAACUUUGGAUGAAUCAACCACCGAAAUUCCCACAGAAUACGUUGAAGAUUUAACUAAUAUGGAUUCAACUAACAAUAAUAAUGAAUCAGACAAAGCACAAGAAGAUGAAAUAGCCAAUGAAUUAGCUUAUAUGAUAACGUUCAUAACAAAAUCCUUCACAGAUAUGUCAAUAAUUACAGAAAACAUGAAAAGUCUAAGUAAUAAAUCGAAUAUUAAUGAAGCUUCUAUGAAAAAUCUUGCAGAUAAUUUAAUGAAUUACGCGGAUGACACUAAUAUCAUGAAGCAGCAAAUCAAUCGUGUGAUGGAAUAUAGACGCCAAUUUCAAGACAGUAUUCUAAAACAAAUGAACUUAUUACCAUUUAGUGCAGAAGAGGCGAAAGCAAUAGAAAAUGAACUACGUAAGCAGAUGAAAAUACGAUUACCUAAUAUUCCAAGUUCACAAAACAUAAUGGAUCUUCCAAGUAUGCAAAACUUUUUUCAAAACUAAAUUCAAGUUUAUUUAAUUUAUUUAGUAAUUUUACUUUAAAGUUUGUUUCCACUAUUAUUUACUGUGUCAUUUUGGUCAUGUUUAAAUAAAAUAUAAAAUAGUUUUAAUUUAUA